AUGACCGCCAUAGAGGGUGAGCCUGUGUUUGGAUCCGGAGAAGACUGCAAGCCAGCAUGGACAGACGCCCCGGCGGACUACGAUACGACGGACGAGCACCUGUCAAUCAUGGGGAAACCCGUCAUGGAACGGUGGCAGACGCCUUACAUGCACAAACUGGCUAAAGUCGCCAGCUGCAACGGUGGCCGUGUCCUUGAAAUCGGAUUUGGCAUGGCCAUUGCCAGCAGCGAGAUUCAGCGGCACAAAAUCGAUGAACACUGGAUCAUUGAAUGUAACGACGGUGUGUUCAAGAGACUACAACAGUGGGUCAGGGAACAGAAGCACAAGAUUUUCCCAAUAAAGGGCAUGUGGCAGGAUGUUGUCCCAACUCUACCCGAUGGACAUUUUGAUGGCAUUUUGUACGACACGUACCCCCUGUCUGAGGCGGAGUGGCACACCCACCAGUUUGACUUCAUCGGGAAGCACGCCUGCCGGUUACUGAAGCCAGGCGGAGUUCUGACCUACUGUAACCUAACUUCAUGGGGUGAACUACUAGAAAACAAGUACGACAACAUUGAAACCAUGUUUAAAGAGACCCAGAUCCCUUACCUUGAGAAAGCAGGUUUCCAGAAAAAGAACAUCUCAUGGGAGGUCAUCUCUAACCAGCCGCCAAAAGACUCACGAAAGUACAAGUUCCCACUUAUGCUUGCACCUAAGUGUAUUAAGACUUAA